AUGGCGAUCUGUACUUAUAACGCACGUAAGCUUGCAUCGGAAGUGGCCAUCGAAGAUCUGAUGAUGCAAGCCAAGAAGAUCAAGUACGACGUCAUCGGACUGACCGAGACGAGACGACGUCACCCUCUCAACGCCGUGUAUGAAACUGGAGAAGAACUGUUCUUAGGAACAUGCGACAGUAGAGGUGUUGGUGGAGUUAGCGUCCUCGUCAACACGAUUAUGGCAAAGAACAUCGACUCUUUCGAACAACUUACGACUCGAAUCGUAUGA